AUGGUAUGGGUUGUGAUGAUUAGUACAGAAGUCAAUAUUGUUGUCUACGAGGAAAAUGGCCUCCGGAGGGCCAGCCAACCUAAAGAUAUAUCGAUAUGUAGAUUUGGGGUAAUUAUGCAGAACCCGGGGAAGAACAUCCCGAAAAUGGAGACCUUCCAAGUGGACACGGCUUCGUGUGGACCAAUGGUGUUGGACGCACUGAUCAAAAUAAAGUCAGAACAGGACCCGUCGCUGACAUUCCGUCGAUCCUGUCGAGAAGGGAUCUGCGGGUCGUGUGCCAUGAACAUAAAUGGACAGAACAGUCUGGCCUGCAUAUGGUACUGUGAUGUCGAUUGUAGUAAACUGGAGAAGAAUACAAAGAUCUACCCACUUCCCCACAUGUACGUCAUCAAAGACCUGGUGGUGGUUAGUAGUGCCUGUUGAGUGCAGGACAUGAACAACUUUUAUGCCCAGUACAAGUCGAUUGAGCCAUGGCUACAGCGAGAUGACAUGGAGGAGGCUCAGAUCGGGACGAGGCCACUCAGACAGAGUGUGGAGGACAGAGGCAAGUUGGAUGGACUGUAUGAGUGUAUUCUCUGUGCCUGUUGUUCCACGUCCUGUCCAUCCUACUGGUGGAAUGGAGACAAGUACAUCGGGCCAGCUGCUCUUCUCCAGGCAUACCGUUGGGUCGUCGAUUCGAGGGAUCAGAAGAGUAUUGAACGAGUGGACAAGUUAAACCACGCCUUUGGACUAUAUACUUGUCAUACUAUUAUGAAUUGCACUCAGACAUGUCCCAAAGUGUGUCUUCUUUAUAUACAAUUAGGGACUGAUGCCCGGACGAGCCAUUGCAGAGUUGAAGAGAUUGGCUGCCAAUUUGACUCAAAAGACUGCUGUUGCCCCUUCCAAUUAAUACUAACUAUUCACUAA